AUGGCUGCCCCCAGUGAAAACAGCGGCUACUCCAAGCGAAGCUUUCGUCGUAGGAUGGCCGAGGCGCUUUCCGAGGCGUUUUCCAGUGAGAAGCAGCCGCAGUUCAGCCACAACCGCAGUCUCAUCGGCCGGAAACCAUCCCUCUGGGAGGGUCCUCCAUCCCGCAACGGCGACAGCGCCGGAAGUUGUACUGUGGGAGAUGAUGAGUUUCUUGUGCCGGAGGCGCUGAUGGGGUCACCAGUCAAGAGGAGGAACACGGGAUACCAGCUGCUCGCUACGGAUUCGAGCAAAAGAAGCGAGCCUGCGAGAAGUCCGGUGGCGUCACAGGCGAAAGCACCUGAGGCUGAGAUGACUGAUGAAACUCAGAACGAUAAGAGACGUGGCGGCGGACAACGCGCUAGGUCUAGACCUAGACGGAGCGCCAUAAUAACCCUGGACAACCUGGACGAGUUUCUCAAUGCACCUCCAUACGGAGAGGAGGAGCAGGAACAAGGCUCGGAAGGAGCUUCAGGAUACGACGAUGAGAACGGCGAUACUAGAAAUGCGUCAAGCCGACUGUACAAGUCCUUCUACUAG